ACUUGCCCCAUUCUUUUUGAAGCGGAAUAAUGGAUGAGAAAAAGACGAAAAAACGAAAAUUUGGAGAAUGUGAAGUGGAAGUCCUUGUUUCAGAGGUCGAGGCAAGGAAAAAUGUGUUGUUUGGGAGCCUUAGUAGUGGAGUGACGAACAAACGCAAGUUCGUUGAGUGGCAACAUGUGGCUGCAGCUGUUAACAGUGUAAGCUCUACAAGCCGCACUGUGGCAGAAGUAAAAAAGAAAUGGUCGGACUUGAAAGUAGAUGCAAAGAAACGGAUUUCUUUGCACAGGAAGAGUGCAAGUGCUACUGGUGGGGGAAAGGCCACACUUUCUCCGUCUCCUUUUCAUGAGAGGAUGGCAUGUUUAAUUGGGGAACCCCUGUUAAGUGGCGUGGUGACUGAAAAGGAGGGCGAUGAACCCAUCACUGGUGAACCAGAGAGGACUGUGGGAGUGGACAGCAGUCAUUCAGCUGAAGACUGCCAACCCGGCCCCAACGGUGUCUCCGGUGCCCCGGUUGCCUCCAGCGGUGUCUCCAGUGCCCCGGAUGCCUCCAGCGGUGCACCACGUGCUUUAAGCGGAGGUCGUGUUCUGACUGAGGCUGUUUUACAAACACAAAUAAACACAAUUACAGCAAUUGACAAUUUAACAAAUGAGCUUAAAGAGAUUAAGGGGAUACUGUCUGAAAUGUCAAGUACAUUAAAAGAACUUGUUAAAAAAUACCUUUGCGUUUCUCUCCAAUUAUUUAUAAUCGACGCAUCACGUCCUCGCGCAGUCUGACUGCUUGAAUAUUACGUGCGUCAGGUGGGUAAACAUGUGGG